UUCUUCCUCUCAAUCUUAUCUCCUUCUCUCAAUCAUCUUCUCCAUUUCACUACUUAAUGAUUUCUCUGAAUAACAACAUGGUAUCAGAGCAAUAAAGAUUCACGGCUCAAAAUCUAUGUCAAUUCUCAAUUUCUGAUAAUCUCAAUCGAAUAAUUUCUGUUCUUGCUUCCGCUAUAAUUCUUGAAAUAAAAAAUAAUGACAAACGAAUUAGUUCCUGUGGUUAAUGGAAUACAAAGUGGCAAUGGUGCAUUUACAAAUUCCGGAGCAGUUCCAACUACAAACGUGAAAGAGGCUUCUUCAUCACAAAAUGCAAGUUCUGGGAAUCAAGCUUUGGGUUUGGAUUAUACACAUGCACUGUUCUUGCAGCCAUCAGACGUGAGUGGAAUUCAAAUUAUUUCAUUUCAACUCACAGGUAUCGAAAACUAUUCUUUAUGGCAUAAUUCAAUGAGAAUUGCACUGUUGGGUAGAAAUAAGAUGGGACUAGUAGAUGGUAGUUGUACCAAAGAAUCUUUCCCAGAAAUCAUGUGGAGUCAUUGGGAAAGAGUUAAUGCAAUAGUCUUGUCUUGGAUUAUGAAUGCUGUUUCUAAAAUUCUACUUGGAGAAAUCAUGUAUGCUACAGAUUGUAGGGCUAUUUGGCUUGAAUUGCAAGAAAGAUUUACCAAGGUUGAUGGUUCAAGAACCUUCAACCUGCAUAAAGAAAUAGCCACAUUAACCCAAGGAAAUGCCUUUGCAUUUGUGUAUUUUUAAAGGUUGAAAAACUUAUGGGAAGAGUUUGAGUCUUUAGUUCCAACCCCUGCAUGUAACUGUGAUAAAUCUAAGGAGUUUGUGAUUCAUUUGCAAAAACUGAAACUGUUUCAGUUUCUCAUGGGAUUGAAUAACUCAUAUAGUCAAGCAAGAAGUCAAAAUCUUAUGAUGAGUCCUACUCCAUUAGUAAACCAAGCAUACUCAAUGGUAAUUAGUGAUGAAAGUCAAAGAAAUGCUACAACAAAUGCUGGCAUACUAGACAGUAAUCCUGUAAAUGCUGCUGGUAAUUUUGAAGGUGCUAUGUACUCAAGAACUAAUGGAUUUCAAGGUGCUACUGGGAAUGAAGAUCCAAGAAAUGGUGGCAAUCCAAGGUUCAAGAGAAAUUACAAUCUAUACUGUGAGGUGUGUAAAUUGAAAGGACACAGUAAAGAGAACUGUUUCAAAGUGGUUGGAUAUCCAUCAGAUUAUAGGUUCAAGAAAGGAGGAAAUGCAGGUCAUGGUUAUAGUGCUGCUUAUAAUGUGUAUGUGGAUGAUAAUAGUCACGGAAGAAAUGAGUUUCUAUAUGGUCAAAACACUAAUGUGCCUGUAAUGGGAGGAAACAUGAGUCAAGUUCCUCAGAAUAAUGGGCAAAUAAUUACAUACAAUCAACAAAAUCUUGGUAUGGUUGGUACCGAUCAAGUGAAUCAAACUUGUGGUGCACUAUUUACUAAAAGUCAAUAUGAACAGAUCAUUAAAAUGCUAGGAACACACACACAAAUGGGUCAGGAGCUGAAAAUGCAUUUGUCAAUGCAGCAAGUGUUUAAACUCCAGUUACAAAUUCUGCAAAUGCAGAAGAUAAAGGAUCUCUUCACUGGGAGGGUGAAGGAGAUUGGUAAAGAAGUUGUUGGACUUUAUCUACUGCUGGAUCAAAAUGGAGUUCAAAGAAACAUUGCUUUAUCAGUGCAAACAGUUGGAGAUGACUACAAAAUAAACAUAAGUCUAUGACAUAAAAGACUUGGUCACACAUCAGUAUCAGUACUUAAGAAGUUGUUACCUGUUAACUUACAAACAAUAAAGGAUGACAUUAGUCAAUGUAUUGUGUGUCCAUGUGCAAAACAAACAAGAUUACCUUUUCAGACUAGUACUAGUAUGAGUGCUAAUUGCUUUGAUUUACUGCAUGUAGAUCUAUGGGGUCCUUAUAAGAUUCCAACAUUUGAUGGCAAUAAAUACUUUCUUACAAUUGUUGAUGAUUGUUCUAU